UAUCGUUACCCGUAGCAAGCUCUAAAUUCAACUUCUGCUUUUAAGUGAACGUUAGAAAAGAAACAGUUAGUCUUAAUUGCACUCUUUAAAACAACAAUAAAGACGUGUGUGCGUCGGUCAGAAGGUAAACAAAAGCCUGAAAUUCUAAACUCAGGACCACAGUUUCCCUGCAGAGUCUUAUGCUUCGGUGGGGUAACUGGACUUGCAGCUAAAUCAGUGCCACGCUCCACAAGAGCGAGAAUUAGCCUCAUAAAUAUCACAAACACCAACUUUUUCUUUGGCGAAGUCACCCGCGAAGCACCUUAAAAAUUUUGCGGUUUUCAAGGCAACCGGCCCGUGUUUGAAGUCUCAUCCCCGCAGCCCUGUGGCCUCCGUGUCUGCGCUAUCAUGAGUGUUCCUCUUUAGCCCACCCAGCCUGACUGGUAGGACUGGAUGUGAUUGCUGUUGUCGAGCGAGUUUUUACAAGAGCUCAUAGUUGGGUAAGCAGAAGAGUGGCAGAUGGAUGUGUAGCUGUACGCCCGGACUGUCACCAGUUUAAUGACGUGCCCUGCAGUCUGUGAACUUCCUCUGCCAUGGAUUUAAAAGCGGGCCUUACGGCAGAGCCAGAGAAGCUAGAGAAGAUGCAAAAGAUUCUUGUGCCCGGUUAAGACUUGAAGUAGGAAGGCUUGGGCCAAAAAACGGAAAUGGAAACAAGAAGGAACACCACAGCAGGGGUUGUGUUCUGGACCCCUGCCCCAGUCCGCACCCCGUCCGCCAGCGCUGUGGCAUCAGAGGACGACUGGGAGGAUGAGGAUGCAGAACAGGCUGAGGGAGUGGAUGACUUUGACAGCCUGAUGGAUGAGAAUGGCAUUAUCGGACUGUCAGAGCCUCUGGAUGAUGUGGAAUUAAGGGAAGCUCGUGGCGAUAUAGCAGCAGAAUGGAAUCCAGGCGGGCGUCCCGGAGCGCUUACCCCCGAGGAGGUCGGGCCUAGUGGGUGUGAGAGGGAUACGCCCCCUGAGGAGCUGAGCUACAACCUGAGUGAACAAAUGUCCCACAAUGAAUCAUCAGGAGAGGAUGUACAAAUCCAGUCAUCCUGUUAUGACAUGACUGGUAACCUAGAAGCAUGGACACAACAUGAGGAGCAGAAAGAGCAGGAGGCAGAGCCCCCUCCUGAGUGGGAUGAAUACCUGGGCAUGACAGAGGAGGAGAGGGAUGGAGAGGAGGAGGGACAGGGACAUGGCAGGAAUGGAAAGAUACAUGAUCACUUUAGCCAAUCAGGACCUCUGCAUUCUUUGUGUGAGGGCUCUAUUAGCGAAAGAGAAAAUCUGCAAACUGGCCUGACACGGUCUUAUAGUGUCCCCCUGCCAAGUGACGACCUGGCUGAGGUUUCCGCCCAUUACUGCCCAGAAUCCCACGCUUUCCCUCACCUGCUGCAUUUCACUGCUGAGGAAUUAGCUUCUGCCCCAGGAAUCGAAGCGGAGACCUUUCCAGAAAUGGGCUUCACAGAAAGCCUUCCAGAGUCUCACUGCAGCCACAUGAGUCUCAAGUCCAGCCCUAGAUCCCCAGACACGAAACUCAGCGCUUCUCCUCAGCCAGCAGCAGCGUUUCCUGAACGAGUCAUGACAAAUAAUUUCAGCAGAGUAAAUAAUGGCCCCGUUGAAGGAUCGGGGAAAUUAGAUGAGCGUCACAAGCAGCCUAUUCCCGCACCAAGAAAGACAAGGCAGCACUCUUCUGAAGUAUCGUGUUCAGGAGCUGGCAGCAGAGUCAGGACAGACUCAGUAAAAUCCAAACAGUACAACACAAAGCUUAUCAGAGACAAAGGACAAAUGAUGUCCAGAUCCAGGAAUACUGCUGUUGAAGAGGACGAAUCCAGAAAAGGGCCUCUGAGUUACCAAACACCAGACUUCUCCAAGGUGGAACCCAGGGUGUGUUUCCCCAAAGGUGGUUACAAGCCCCCAAGAAGCAGGCGCUCCUUCAUGAGGGAUUCCUUGUCGCCUGCGCCGCCUUUAGUGUUUAAAUCUCCAGCUGAAAUCGUUGAAGAAGUCCUGCUGAACACCACAGACGGAUCUCAUGCCCCGUCAGACUUUAACAGACCACCAGCUGCCAACUCUAUAGUGCCUCAGGAGUUCCGAUGCCCGGAGCAGGCCACCACGCUGCUCGUUCAGUUUCAGGAAGACUACAAGAGACUGCUGACUAAGUACGCAGAGGCAGAAAACACCAUUGAUCGUCUGCGCCUGGAAGCCAAGAACAGAGAUAUAGAGAACCAGCAGCCCAGGUCCAGACAGUGUCAGCGCUACACAGUCAGAGCAGUAAACCUGUACUCUGACCCUCCGAAGGCCGGCCACUCUGUGCAGUCAGGACUGAGACUCGAUGCUUCCAAGUUCAUAACGCUAGAUUUUCCUCAAGCUCAGAGAGCACAAGUCAAUUCAGCUUCUCUUUGUCCGGAUGAGCACAGUGCUCCUCAGGGAAAUUUAGUUUCCUCUCCUUCUACCAGAAGUCCAGACCCUCAGCUGGGACAGCAGCUAGCCGAUAUUCUCUUCAGUCAGACUGACAAGUUCUUCCAGCAGCUGCAGACUUUUGAAGAUCUCCUCAAGAGUAAAAAGCUCCAACCCUCAGAACAAAUAAAGGGUCUCACUCAACUUGCUGAGGGGCUUGAUUCUUUAGAAAGAGGUUACCUGUUAGCAAGAGAUGAGCACAAACUCCUUCAGCAGCGAGGAGUGGAUGUCAGCCACUUUGACCCUGACAGGGAGCUGGAGGGAUUGAUCUUUCAGUGUGGGCUGGCUAUGGAGGAGCUGAAGGAGCAGGUGGAACAGAUGAGACAGGAGCAGCCUACCUGUGAGGCUCCUCCUUCUCCACCUCCUCAACCCACCCCUUCACCUCCGCCCUCUGAGGAAGAAGAAACCUUAACUCUUACACAGAGCCCGCCCGUGCCUUUACUGGUUGGUCCUGGUGACGUAGCAGAGGUGGAGGUGAGCUCAGUCAGUAAAGAGAGUGAGGAAGAAGCUGCGGACGAAGAAGCCUUCUACCUCAAACAUCUGAAUGACAAUGGUGUCGAACAAGACUUCACCGUGCCUGUGGUUCACCAUGAAAGCUUCAAGGGGCUUCCCAUUCUUCUAGACUGUAAACUGAUGGGAACGCUGCCCAGUUCUGCUGCUUUAAAAAUGGAUAUGCAGCCUGUGGACAAGGAGGAAGAGAGACGGGGUCAAAGAACAGGAAACAGUGAAGUCCGGAAACCUCUCCCACAGAGGAAAGGCGACGCAGACUUCCAGGACUUUCCUAGCACCAGCAAACAGCACAGCAGCAGGUCUAGUCCUCCUUCACACAGGGCCUCCAGUCAGAGCACUAAGCCUGUCCUCCCUUCCUCCAGCCGAAAGAGUUUAUCUGUAGUUAGGUCCCACAGCAGCAGCCUGAGCAGCCUUGGAGAUAUCACUGCAUCGGAAAUGAAGAGCUCCAAGCUUCAAACUGGGUGCAGGAGAGUUCCUUCUCAGGAUGGGGUCAUCUCCCCAGAGACAGACAGUGGGUUUGUUGGUUCUGAGAGCAGCCGCCUGACUCCUGCUGCAGCUCCAAGACCUCUCCACCAGAGGCCGCCAGAGAGUGUUUCAGUGGAUCAGGAAGUAAACACAGGGAGGCAGACAGGCCCAGUCUCUGCCUCAUCUCCUUCUUCCUCACGGUCACACUGUCGCACAGCCAAGGAGCCCAGAGUGGGCUUAAAGCUCAAUCCCGACCUGUCAAGGAGAACCAGGCAGGGGCAGAGGAGACGCACCUUCUCCUGCUCCCCACAGCGCCGUGUCAGUCAGAGUGAACAAACCAGGCUCGACGGUGGAACCAGUGAGUUUGGGCAGCAGAGCGACAGCACUCGCCCCGGGUCUGAAGGUGAACAGAGUGACCAGUACACCGAGUCCUUCAGUUCCAUCCACAGCUCUCAUUUAAGCUCCUCCUCACCUGCACGUUAUCACCAUGGCGAUCCUCUGAGGGCACUGAGCUCCAGCGAGAGGGCGAACUGCAAAGAGGCAAUCCAGACACUGCAGACUGAGGUGACCCGACUGAAAGACAAACUAGACAGUUGUCUGAAAAAUAAGAAGUCUCUCAGCUCCGUGAGAACAACUCUUUCAGCUCAGAGGAACGGCUCCCACACCAGGACCUCUACACCUCUCAUCAGGUCUGGGGAGCAACAGAGGGAUUUCAGUGUGGGAAGAAGAGAAACACAGACAGUUGAUGAGGUAGAGGAGGAGUCUACACUGAGACCAACAACCAGGAAGACGUCUGCUUCUGCACACAGACAGAGACCACAACUACACACAUUGACAAGAUCCGAGCUGAUCGGAUCAUCCACACCAUCGCCUCAGGUGUCCAGACACACUCAGACACCUGCAGCACCAGAUAGCCACUGUUCACACACAACUACUGUUGGCAGCAGAAGAAUUCAGCCUCGGCAGCAUCCUGUUGUGUCUGUACACGUGUCUGAACCAUCAGAUGAACCUGACAGCAGAAGAAGUGGAGCUCCUGUUUGUCUGUUGUGUCACGGAGGACGAUCUGAGCGGCCGGUUGGUGGCAACAAAGAGCCGCUCCGUUCCUCCGCUCAUUGUCCUCACUGUGGACGCCUGCACCCAUCCAGAUGCACUGAGCCAGACUGCUGCAGACACUCGCGCUCCCCAUCACACAUAAGCUGGCAGCCAGCAGAGUCCCCUGACAGAACAGCCAGCGGCAGAUACUUUGCAGCUGCAGCUUCACCUGCGCUGCUGCACUACAUGCCUGUGUGCCCGCCACAGCUCCUGCUGUACUCCUCCCCCCUCUACGUGCCUCCUACCAACGGCGCCGGCCCAUCCUCAGGCGUCAGGAGUUCCAAGGAGGUGAGGGGACGGACUAGACGCUCCCAGUCCGUUGACAAGCAGCGCUCCGUGGACAGCUCUCUGGACAGAGCCAUCAGCGCUGCCCGACACAUGAAACACACCUCCAGACACAUGGCUCGCUCCUUGGCUACUGGACUGCAGUACCAGGAGCUGCUGACUCAGUCUUGCAGCUACUGAAGUGUGAACUCUUUUCGCAGAACCACCAACUCGACAGAGCCGCCGGUUCAGCUGUGGGACGAGGCCCCGGACAUCGGCGGGAGACAACAGAACAGAGCGCAGGGGCAAAGAGAAUAAACAGAUAAAAGUCUCCUCUUUGUAAAUGUUACUCACGGUUGUCGAUGUUUUUAAAGGUACAUUCAAAUUUCUAUUGAAUAUCUCAGGUGACCAAAUAUGAAUUUAUUUUAGUAGGCAUCAUAUUUAUAUCCAACGACAUGCUGGCAUAAACGAAAAUGACUCCCCUGUAAACAGUGAAGUGCUAUGGAUCAUAUUGAUUUUUAAACCUACAGUUAUUUACUUCACCUGACAUGAGAACUUACUCUUCUGUGUCUUGAUAUUGUCAUGUGAUAGUGCUCUAUUUUGAGCUAUUUAUUGAUCAUGUGACUUGUUUCUAGUUUGUAGAAAUAGGAUUCAGUGUUACGUUAGCUGCUGCAUGAACGUUUUUCUUGUUGAUCCUCUAAAAUGUGAUUCUGUAAAUUUGCUUUUAUAAAAACACAAUGCAUAGAGUCACGUGGCCACGAGGAACCUGAGAUGCUGGAUACUUCUAACAUUAGUUCCCCUUAUGCUGUUGAUAGAUAAUUCCUUUAUUGUAGGACUAUGAAUUUUCUAAUUCUCAUAAUCUUGUGCAUGAGUCGAGUCCUGCUGUAACUCGCCGUCUUUAGAGGACGCAAACGUGACUAUGUUCAUUUUCUCGGAUAAAACGAUCAUAUUUGUUGAAACGUCCCACAGAUCAGGUAGAUCAGGUGGGUAGUUGAAAAGAAUCCCAUUUUUGUUCAUUUCUAAUCGUUUUUUUUUUUUUUUUUUUACUUUUGUAUCUUUUUAUAUUUCGCAGGGAACCUUCAUUUUGUUGUCAGUGAGACAAAUAAAUGUGAAAAAGAACAUUUGUCUGUGUACAAUUCAUGUUUCUUGGAAGACCUUACAGCUGCCAUUACAAAAAAUAAUAAGUAAAAAUGGAGAUGAGUCGUUGAUAUAAUGGAAGCCAAUUUAUUAGACAGCCUUAGUACAUACUAGGUACACAUGGAAGUAUUGUUUGUGCUUCAACACUCGCAAACAUACAAUCCCAAUAAGUUAAAGAGUUUCAGGACAGACUAAUGUUUCAAUAUUAUUUUUCUCUGAUAAAUAAAUUUGAUAUAAAUCAAUUGAUUUGACAGAGUAAAACCUAUGCAACAGCAAAUAAUGAUUUAAAAAAAAACACACACACACAAAGUCAAGCGUUUGCAUCACAGAAAACGCAUUAUAGUGCAAUAUGCAACGUCGUUUGGCCAGGAAAGAGGGAAGAGAGGGAGGAAAUAAAAGUGGCUUGGGUUUAAGUUCGUUUUUUUUUUCUUGCAAAGCCAUUCACCAUUGGAGGGUUUUACAUUGCACCAGAGGAGGAAACAGACAAAGAAAAUAUAGAUAUUAGUUCUUUUUCCCAGUUGACCACUAACAGCUACAGCUAAAACUUCACAAACACAGAGGCUUCACAUUGGCAUUUUUUUUUUUUUUAAAGGAAAAGUUU